CUGCCUCUUCUUCCCUUUCCUCUGCCUGUCAAUCCUGCACCUGUUGCAGGUCAUCUGCCUCUUCUUCCCUUUCCUCUGCCUGUCCGUCAUCUUCCUAUUGCAGUAGACCACGCACCUCCAGGUGUCGACUACGCUCCCCCUGUCUGGCCAGGAACAAAUAUACCAGGGAUGUUUCCCGUGCUGGUUGCGGCACCAGCUGCCUGGCAUCCACACGCUCCACCACCUAAUGGGCCCUUCAACUUCUUUGUCAUCAACCUGACAGCCAGGGACAUGAUGGACUUCCUCGGGCAGCAGCAGCAGGGACGGGGAGCGUUUGUGCCAGCACAAAGGAGAUACUUUGCUGAAGCAGACAGGAGACUGCAUCUCCCUCCUGUCCCUCCUCUCCCUCUCCCUCCUCCCCCUGCUCCUGCUGCUCCUCACGCCGGCGAGUCAGUGUUCAAGCGUAUAUGGUUCGGAAGAUGUCAGGAAUUGACCCUGGUUAGCCAGCGGAGGAGACUCUGCAAAAGGAAGAGAAUACAGACUCAGCCCUACUGCAGGCAGCACAGUCGGCCUGAAGCUGGCCGAGACCAGCCCCCUAUGCUUCCUGCAAUGCCUGUGGGACAGGCGGAUCAGGCGGAUCCUGCAAUGCCUGUGGGACAGGCGGGUCCUGCAAUGCCGGUGUUGCAAGCGGAUCCUAUGCAAGUGGACUUACACCCUGACCGUCCUGAGCUUGCAAUGCCGGUGUUGCAGGCUGAUCAACCACUGGCAGCGAACAACCUUGGACAAUGCCAGGAACUUACUCUAGUCAGCGGACGCCGUCGACUUUGCAAAAGGAGACGGCGUCUAUCACAGCCUUACUGCAGGCAGCACAGGCGACAAGAUGAGCUCCCUGCUCCUGGGAACGAGGUAGCGGCCCUGGAGGUCGUGGUCGGCCCUGCACCUCUUCCUGUUCUUCCUGUACCUGCUGCCUUACCUUUGCCUCUCGAUCCUGUACCUGCUGCCUUACCUUUGCCUGUCGAUCCUGUACCUGCUGUCUUACCUUUGCCUGUCGAUCCUGCACCUAUUGCAGGUGACUUUCCUGUCGAUCCUGCACCUGGUGCAGGUGACCUUCCUAUCGAUCCUGCACCUGUUGCAGGUGAUCUGCCUCUUCUUCCCUUUCCUCUGCCUGUCAAUCCUGCUCCUGUUGCAGGUGAUCUGCCUCUUCUUCCCUUUCCUCUGCCUGUCAAUCCUGCACCUGUUGCAGGUGAUCUGCCUCUUCUUCCCUUUCCUCUGCCUGUCAAUCCUGCACCUGUUGCAGGUCAUCUGCCUCUUCUUCCCUUUCCUCUGCCUGUCAAUCAUCUUCCUCUGCCUGUCCGUCAUCUUCCUAUUGCAGUAGACCACGCACCUCCAGGUGCCGACUACGCUCCCCCUGUCUGGCCAGGAAGAAAUAUACCAGGGAUGUUUCCCGUGCUCAUUGCGGCACCAGCUGCCUGGCAUCCACACGCUCCACCACCUAAUGGGCCCUUCAACUUCUUUGUCAUCAACCUGACAGCCAGGGACAUGAUGGACUUCCUCGGGCAGCAGCAGCAGGGACGGGGAGCGUUUGUGCCAGCACAAAGGAGAUACUUUGCUGAAGCAGACAGGAGACUGCAUCUCCCUCCUGUCCCUCCUCUCCCUCUCCCUCCUCCCCCUGCUCCUGCUGCUCCUCACGCCGGCGUUCAGUCUUAA